AUGGCCAGUAAAGAUGGAGGCGCAGGACAGGCCUUUGGUCCUGUCUUGGCUGCCGUUGCUACGAUGCAGGGAAAUGUUUCACGAUCUGAGAAGACGCAGGCCCAUGAGUUUCUUGAGAAGUUCCAAAAAUCAAUCGAAGCCUGGACGACUACCCAUCAACUGCUGCAAUCCCCCGAUGUCGAUGUGGCAGCAAAGCUCUUUGCUGCAACAACCCUGAAAGGAAAGAUCAUAUUUGACCUGGAUCAAUUGCCUGCGGAAUCGCUACUGGCGUUGAGAGACUCGGUUCUGGGCUUACUCGUGGCCUAUGCCUCUGGUCCCAGACCCAUUCAGACACAACUCUGUGUUUGCUUAGCCAGCCUUGCGAUUCAGAUGACAGGAUGGAAAGACGUUCUGACUGUUGUCGGUUCAGCACUAGGUGGCGGAUCCAUGGAUUGCCUCCUGGAAUUCCUCAAGAUCCUCCCUGAAGAAGUGAUGGAAGGCCGCAAGAUCAACUUGAGCGAAGAAGAGCUUACGCUACGGACAACGGAGCUCUUAGACGAUAAUGCGGAACAAGUUAUGAACCUCUUGAUUCAGUAUUCUCAGUCAUCACCCUCUGCCUCAACAAAUCCCCAUCUACUCGAUUGCAUUACCUCGUGGAUGCGUGAAAUUCCUGCUUCGACUAUUGUUGGAUCUCCCUUAUUGGAUGUCAUUCUAAAGGGCUUGGAUAAUGAUGUGUCUUUCGAAUCUUCUGUGGAUUCCAUCUGUACGCUCUACAGGGAUACACGAGAAGUAGAUGACUCGCUCUCGGUCAUCCAAACAUUGUAUCCACGAAUAAUGUCGCUCCGUCCGAAGAUCGCGGAAUUUGCCGAAUCUGAAGACAUAGACGCUUUCAAAGGCAUUACGCGACUUUUUGCGGAGGCGGGCGAGGCCUGGGUGAUUCUAAUCGCACGUCUUCCCUCUGAAUUUCGGGGCCUUGUUGAAGCAGUUUUGGAAUGCUGCGCUUGUGACUGGGAGCGCGAUGCGAUUUCCCUUACUUUCAUCUUCUGGUAUGAACUGAAGCAGUACGUGACUUUGGAACGAUAUGCGGAGGCACGAGUACUUUUCUCAGACAUCUUUUCCAAGCUGGUUGAUAUCAUGGUUAAGCACAUCCAAUAUCCUAGCCCUGAGGAUGGUGAAACCGAUUUGUUUGACGGUGACCGCGAACAGGAGGAGAAAUUCCGUCAGUUCCGACACUCUAUGGGUGAUGUCCUUAAGGACUGCUGUGCUGUAAUUGGGGUCACCGAAUGUUUAGCGAAGGCAUAUAAUAUGAUUCAGCAAUGGGUGUCAAAAUAUGCGUCGCAGGCUACCCAUGAACAUGUCCCCCAUUGGCAGGAGCUUGAAGCGCCGUUGUUUAGUUUGAGAGCGAUGGGCCGUAUGGUUGACCCCGAGGAGAGCAGUGUUCUAGGGCAGGUGAUUCCCUUGAUUGUGCAAAUACCGGACCAGGAGAAGGUACGGUUCCAGGCCAUCAUGGCUCUUGCUAGGUAUACGGAAUGGACGGCGCAACAUCCAGAGACGCUCGAAGCGCAACUGAAUUAUGUCAUUUCUGGUUUCCAGCAUAGUUCUCAGGAAGUGGUCCAGGCCGCUGCAUUGGCCUUCAAGUUCCUUGGUACAGACUGCCAAAAACUGCUUGGAGGUCAUAUCACUCAGUUACAUUCGUUCUUUGAGUCUGUGCUGGACAAGCUUAAGCCUGUCAGCCAGGAGGAAGUUACGGAAGGCGUGGCGGCUGUGGUUUCAGUGCAGCCCCUUGAUAAGAUUUAUUCUACUAUGAAAAUGUUCUGUGAUCCCAUCAUGGCCCGAAUCAUGAACCUGGCAAAUAAUGCAAAGGAUGAAGAGGGCCGCAGGGCUGUCGCCGAUCAUCUCCAGUUAAUCACCAUUUUCGUCCAGGUAGUGUCACCUUAUGUUGGUCCUAACGUGGAGAACCCUGCAGUCAAAUACUGCGGAGAGAUUCUUCCUAUUAUGACUACCAUUGUUAUGAAUUUUACCACAUCGAACCCCAUUCUUGAGCGCGUUUGCCGUUGUUGGCGAUCUAUGAUCAUAUCAUACCGGACGGCCAUGAUUUCUUUACUGCCGACUCUGGCUCAAAGCAUUGCAGGUGGUUUUGAAGUGUCCAGAGAAGGCUGCUUUUUGUGGGCCACAGAUGCUGUUGUUCGUGAAUUCUCCAAUGGAGCUGUCAACGUCGACCAGAACACUAGCCAGGCCGUGUAUCAGUUUUAUGAGCAGCAGGCUAUUGCAUUCUUGCGUAUCCUGAACGAUCUACCCCCGGAAAACUUGCCAGAUGUGAUUGAGGACUUUUUCCGCCUUUCAUCCGAUGCUGUUCGAUACUACCCCAAAGAAUCUAUUUCUUCGUCGCUCGCGGUGCCGAUUUUCUCUGCAGCCUUGAGCGCCCUCACUUUGCAACAGCGUGAGCCUGUUAUGGCAGCGCUUCAUUACUAUCAUGACCUCCUAAGCUUUGCCUUCGACAUGCCAGCUGUGUCCGACUUCCCUACUACGGAGGGGGAAGUGUAUUCUAAUCCCGCAGAAGUCCAACAAGCCGUGAAGCAACUUGUUCUGUCGCGGGGACAGUUGCUCGCGCAACAACUCCUUACGGGGAUGAUGUUUACUUUCCCCGUCGACUGUGUCCCAGAUGCGUCUGGUAUUUUGAUGACAAUGUUCGACCUCAUCCCACAGGAAACGGGAGUCUGGCUUCAAACAACACUUCAGAUGGUCCCAGCUGGGUCCCUUAAACCUGGCGAGGCAGAGCGACUAUUGAAAGGCAUCUCGGACAAAGUCGCGUCCGGCGAGGUUGGAAAGAUCCGGGCUCUGCUGCGAGACUUCACGAAUUCGUACCGAAGACGAAACGUGGCUCCAAGAGAAGGUUUAGGCCGGUUGGAAGCUACCCGGUUCCGGUUUAGCGGAUAG